CUAUGCAAUAAACAUGUUAACAAUUUUACAGUGCAGGUGAAUAUAAACCUACCUGAGGACAGCCAUUCAUUAGAAAAGCCCUUCUCUUUUCUAGAUGCCAGUUGCACGUAUAGAAGACAAAUUAAUAUAACCUAACCGGUAAGAUUUUUACAAAUAAUUUAAAGGGAAAGAUAACGCAACUGCUUUUUUAAAGAGAACAAAAUGGCGACAGCAUGCCCUCAAAGCCCGCAAAAUAUUGAGAGAAAUCCUGGACUUCACAGUAACCACGCAAUAUUACAAGCUAUUAAAGAAAAGAUUAUGGAAGAGAAUGACAGGCGACCCUUCUAUAUCGUUAACUUGGAUGACAUCGUUGACAAGCACAAGCAGUGGCUGGCACAAAUGCCACGUGUCAAACCCUUCUACGCCGUGAAAUGUAACAACACUGAGCCAGUCGUGAAGACGAUUGCGGCACUUGGAGCGGGAUUUGACUGCGCCAGCAGUGCUGAGUUCCAGCAGGUUCUAAACCUUGGGGUGGGGACAGAUCGGAUAAUAUAUGGCCAUCCUUGCAAAGAUCCCCAAGAUAUCAAACUUGCUUCAAAACAAGGAGUCGACCUAAUGGCCUUUGACAACGAGUGUGAAUUGUUCAAGAUAAAGAGACUCUAUCCAAGUGCAAGACUUGUGUUACGGAUCCAACCACAAGAUGACGAGGAUGUAUAUAAACACGGCAAGAUGUAUGGUUGUGCCUUAGACCAAUGCAAAGAACUUCUCGUGAAGGCGAAAGAAAUGGAACUGACUGUCGUGGGUGUCAGCUUCCAUAUCGGUGGCCUCUGCACUGAUUACAUGGCCUACCACCACACCAUACGCCUGUGCCGUGACAUCUUUGAUGAUGCCAAAUCCAUGGACUACAACUUCAGCUUACUGGACAUUGGUGGCGGGUUCCCCGGUUAUGCAGUCGAAAACAACCCAACAUUCUCUGAUGCUGCCAAAAUCAUAAACAUGGCGCUAGACGAAUAUUUCCCUAAAGAAGAAAAUGUUGAAGUCAUUGCUGAACCUGGAGCGUACUACGUGCAGUCGGCCUUCACGUUGGCACUACGAGUUACCGGAAAACGAGUUCUACGCUCGGCAAACUCAGCCAAGGUCUCUCAACAGUCAUACUUCUACUACCUCAAUGACGGAAUCCAUGGGUCAUUCUUUUGCAAUUUGUUAUUUUUGGCUGACAAGCUGGUUAGAAAUUUUCACGUUGUAAAGGACGAGGUCCAAAUGCCGGUCUACCAGAGCACCUUGUGGGGUCCAACACUCAACCCUGAUAAUCUCCUGGCAGAAAAUAUCCAACUGCCCGAAUUGGACAUCGGAGACUGGUUGUACGUACCUAACAUGGGGGCAUACACUAUUGUGCUUGCAUCCUCUUUCAAUGGGAUUGCUCCACCGGAACUAUUUUAUUUUGCGUCUGAUGAAAUCACCUCCGGACUCGGUACUUAGGGGAGACAGUUGAGGAGUUUGUAUAUCUGUCUUGAUUGGAGUCCAUAUCAAUCACAUGUUGAAAAAAACAUGGGAACAAUAUGAACUAAAACGUAGACAAUAUCAAUUAAAACGUAUUACAUGAUCGUAGAAACUUAGAAAAAAUUGCCUAUUGCUACUUUCAGUUUUAAUCCUCAUUUUCCACGCCUCAUUUAGGCGUCUUAUAUUCCUCUUACAUUCAGACAGUAACACAGGUAUAAUCUAGUCUAAGCAGGAAAAUGUAUCGUAUACCUGGGUAAAACGAAAUUGUUAUGCACGGCAUAUACGGCAACAUAAUGUACAUUCAACAUAGUGACUUGCAUAUCAAAAAGAGUCAUUAACACACUCACUUACCAGAGACAGAUUAUGCAAU